ACACGCCGUUCAAGUAGUUGAAGCGAGUCUAUCCUUUAAUACCGCGUGAGCUACGGCGUGACGCCAUGCAGCCAAGGUCACUGCGGACGUUUCAGAAAACGUCAUCGCACGUUUGAUUGUGAGCAGCAGAAUCAAGUUCGCAACGCAUAGACGGAUGUACGCUUAUGCGUGUUAGCGCCCAACCUGUAGUUUCAGGACUGUGCUCAAGGCCUUCAACCUACCCGUCAACUCCUAUCGCACACUGCUUUCACUACAUUGGGCUGCUUGCGUUGAUGAACUGCACGACAGACAUGAAAGCGAAGAUCGAGGACGGCAUCGUCUAUUCACCACAACGCGACGUCUUGAUCCCGGAGGUACCUCUGUACUCCUUCUUCAAGAGCCAUGUCCAGAAGCACGGAGAUAAGGUAGCGGCGAUAGAAGAAAACCGCCAGUGGAGUUUCAAUGAAGUGCUGAGAAGCAUCGAGUGGUAUGCUACAGGAUUCCAGUCCAUCGGACUCCGAAAAGGAGACAGAGUGUGUGUACAUGUCGGAAACAAGUUCGAAAACUUGCUAGCCAUGUACGGCAUUGUCGCUGCCGGGGGAACUGUCGUCUGCUCCAAGCCAUCUCUAACACCCCGAGAACUCUCGUACCAAUUAACGGACAGCGAGUCUACCUAUGUGCUAACCGACAGUCGGAACGCGGAUAAAGUUUCCCAAGUGAAAGAUAAGCAUAAACUAAAGGCUGUUCUAUCAAUGGAAGCCGUCGAUGGAUUCUUCUCCGUAGAACAGUUCAAAGAGGGCGUAGCAGAGUCUACUUUUAAGCUCGUGGAUGUAGAAAACCCCAAGGAAGAAGUCGUGGCCCUUAUCUACACGUCUGGGACCACAGGAUUGCCAAAAGGUGUUCAAGUAACACAUUAUGGACUGGUGGGCUGUCAUGUUCAGUCACUACACAGCUAUGAAAUCAGCAAAGAAGACGUUACCCUCAAUUGGGAACCAAUCACGCACGCAUCAGGGUUCAUGUCUUCAAUGAUACGCAUUGUCCAUGGGGUGACCUCCGUGAUAGGCCAACCCACAAUGGGUGUCAAAGAGUUUGUCGACAAAGUGAACAAGCACAAGGUGACAUCACUCUUUUUCUUUCCAACGCGACUGCAAGCAUUUGUAAAUGCUAUGGAUAGUCACGGCUACAGGACGCCCUCCAUAAAAAGUAUUGCUGUUGGUGGCGGUGGCCUCCCUCCAAGCGUCGCUAAGAAAGCUUUGAAGCUAUUCAACCUAACGUGCUUCUUGAACGUGUACGGACUCACUGAAUCCUGCGGCUUGGUGUGCGGAUCCCUCUCCGGUGACACAGCAUACGGUACCAUAGGCUUCCCUGCAGUCAAUGUCCAAAUUAAGAUUGUGGAUAUCGGGACUGGAAGGGUGCUGGGACCCGGUGAGAGAGGAGAAAUGGUUAUCAAACUACCGAACGUCAUGAAGGGAUACUACAAAAACGCAGAGGCAACGGCCGCAGUUUUAUCUGCAGAUGGCUGGCUGCGGACAGGUGACUGUGCAUAUUACGACAAAGACGGUAGGUUCUAUUUUGUGGAGCGGCUGAAGGAGAUGAUCAAAUGCCUCGAUAACCAGGUGGCGCCGGCGGAGGUAGAAGAGGUCCUGCUCAGCCAUGAAGCUGUUGCUGAGGCAGCAGUGGUGGGAAUUCCAGACCCACAGUACGGCGAGGCACCAACCGCUUUCGUUGUCCUUAGGGACUCCAGUCAUGAAGAUGUCGAGACAGUGAGGACACAACUGAAAGAACUCGUGAAACGUGAAUGCGCUCAACAUAAGCACCUACACGGAGGUUGCCAUUUUAUUGAACGCCUUCCCAAGACAGAAACUGGUAAAGUGCAACGAGCAGCAUUACGCGAAUCCUACGCGGCCAUCCAGAAGAAAUAGAAAUAAAACCAUACUUUCUCGAAA